AUGAGUGAAGGUGUAAACAGUGCUGAAAAGGUUGGCCAGGGAGGUUGUAUGGUCAAGAGGAAUCUAGAUCUUGAAGGGUGCAAGAUGCUGGAAGGAAUGGGAAAGGAAAAGGUUUUAGAUGAAAGCAAAUCUGUUACUUGUAGGUUAUCAUUGACCAUAGACACUCAGCCUGGGGAUGUAGUACUUCAGAAAGCUGAGUGUCGCUGGAAGGCUCCAGGCACAAGCAAGCUAACUCCUGUGGAGCUUAUGCCCGGAAGGCCCUCAGCUUUCUUCAUGGCCAUCGGAAAAAUUGUUCUCAUCUGCCCAAUGCACCGAGGUAGUCCUCACAUGCUUAGGGUAGGCAUCUACCCUUUAAAGCCUAUCAGUUACCCUCAACCUGGUCAAGACUGUUUGCUGACAUGGUUUUACCUGGAUAUGUCUGCUGUUCAUCCUACAGCUUCCUGGAGCUUCUUGGUUGACGGCUCGGGCCGCUGGUCGAAUGAGGCAGUGGACGAAUUGGAUGCUGUGAUACCUUCCCUGGAGCCCUUCAGGGUGGGGAAGGUUCCACCCAUCAUCUACUACGUACCAGAUUUCAUCUCUGAGCAAGAAGAGACGCAGCUGCUCCAACAGGUGUAUGAGGCCCCAAAGCCCAAAUGGACAUAGCUUUCUGGGCAGAAAUUACAGAACUGGGGUGGGCUCCCCCACCCAAAGAGGAUGGUACCUGAGCAGCUGCCUCGGUGGCUCCAGCAAUGGGUGGACACUGUCUCUAGUCUUGGCCUGUUCCGGGGCGCCCCAGCUAAUCACGUGCCGGUAAAUGAAUAUCGGCCAGGAGAGGGCAUCAUGCCCCAUGUGGAUGGCCCCCUGUACUACCCGACAGUCAGCACUAUCAGCCUUGGCUCCCACACUAUCCUGGAUCUAUACCCACCCCGGAGACCUGAGCUGGACAAGGAACCACAAGAGGAGCAGCCCCAGAUUCGCCCCAAGGUCUCCCUGUUGCUGGAGCCGCAGAGCCUCCUGGUCCUUCGAGGGGAAGCUUACACUCACCUCUUCCACGGCAUCCGCCCAACAGCCUCGGAUUCGCUGACCGAGACCCCGGUGGCCAAUGCUUCUGCCUGCCCCUCGGCCCAGCCUGGGGCCCUGCUCCCCCGGGGCACACGAGUCUCCCGGACUAUCCGGAGUCCCCGAGUGCUCCGGACCAGCCUCUUUCUGAGCAAGCGUUCUCCAAGCACCAAUUAA